UCCAAAGAAGAAGGGUAAACUCAACCUUUCCACUUCUGUGUUUAAAGCCACCCGAUGCAACAAGCUCUUGUACUUCCCAUUGCAACAAGGACACCAAUGGAACUAGGAGGAAAAUCUGCAUUGAGCCACUUCCCUUGGUGCUUUAUCUGAAGCCCCCCACCCAGGGACGGAUCCACAGAGGAGCAAGGGUGGUCAAUUGACCCCUGCAACUCCAGAAUCCGCCACUAGAGGAAGAAAAAUUGACCCCUGCAAUGGCUGGAUGGCUGGGCAAUUCAUGCCCGCCAUCUGUUCGAGGAAAUGCCUCAAAGGGUUGCAGCAACUUCAACUUCAGCGCAGCAAGAAGGAGUGCACGCAGAGCGCUUCCUUUUUUUCGUCCAAAAGUCCCUCUUCCUAAAGUGGAUAUCAGCUGGAUAUCAGCUUCUUGCUCUUUGCAAAGGGUGGUUUGGGAGAACAGUGUCAUUGGGAAAAUCAAAGCUUUGCCAUCGAAUUUUACCAUGUGCAUCUUUCAGAACAAGGUUGCCAGAAUUCAAAAGCUCUGCUCUCUCAACAUCAAGACUACUGGAGUUGGUGCUGGUCUGCCAGACAGUUGCGCCAUCCACAUCGGUCUCAAGACCAAUGAGCCAUCUUUUCGAAGCGAAACUCUGGCGCCAAGGCUAUUGACAGUUUUGUCUCUGUUAGCCAUCCAAACAACUGUUCUGCUUUUAGAGUUUGUGAACCCACAUGUGAAAGACUCAUCUGGGGAAGUUACUUGAUUUAAUGUGUUUUCUCAAUUGUUUUCUCAAUGAAUUAUAUAUGAAUGAUAAUUUAUCGUUUUAUUUU